UCCCAGUAUAUUAUUUCGGUUGCACUGAAUUUCGUUGCGUAGGAAGCCGUUCUACCAUUUAGUUGAAACAUCGUAGGUGUGUUUGCUUGAAUUUUGCGGAUUGAGUUUGCGAUGUGCAUUCAGCUUAGCUUCUGUGGUAUUUUUGAUACGUGUAAGAGCUGUUCAGAAAGAUCAAUUUUUUGUUCCAGUUGAACCUAUGUCUCGAAAACCUUAUUGGCUGGAACAUCGGCUGAUCCACCCAAUUAGACCUAGUUAAAUCCAUCGACCAAGUCGUUUCUUUUUGUGCCAGCUGAAACUGGACUCAAAUUCUUAUUUCUCAACUAAUUCUGCAGCAGUGCGGUCAUAAACAAGAUAACAAAAACCAAGUACCCUUGAGUUAAAGAGACAAAGAGAGACGCGAAAGUAUGUCGUCUCUUCGCACGUUCAAAUGCAGGGACUUUUUGAAGAUGGCGCGAAUCAACCUCGACCCCCUGACGGAAACAUAUGCACUCCCCUUCUAUUUGCAAUACUAUGUAAAGUGGCCAGAAUACUUCCUCAUGUCAGAAACCCCUUCAGGCGAGGUGCAGGGCUACAUCAUGGGCAAAAGUGAGACAUUCAGGCGGGAGGGGGAGAGUUCCUGGCAUGGUCACGUGACCUGUCUCACAGUGUCCCCGGAACACAGGCGAAUGGGACUGGCCAAUAGACUCAUGCAUCUGCUGGAACAGAUGUCUGAACUGAAGAGCUGCUACUUUGUGGACCUGUUUGUGAGGAAGAGUAACGAGGCCGCCAUCAACAUGUACUCGCGACUGGGCUAUUCUGUCUACAGAGAGGUCAUAGACUACUACUCCAGCGGGGAGCCAGCACCCCCAACCCCACCACCUCCUGACGCCGCCAAGGGAGGCACUGGGAAAACAGCGACUGGAGUAGUUGCCAUCCACGCAGAGAAUGAGAAUGCGUAUGACAUGAGGAAGGCAUUGUCCAGAGAUGUGGAUCGGAAGUCUGUGGUGCCACUGAAGCAGCCAGUCUAUCCAGAAGAUGUGGAUUAAUCUCAAUAGACUCACCAAGCAGUCCAAAAGUGCUAUCGGCUCAGACAAAAAAAAACAUUUGAGUUGAAAAACAAACUACUUUUGAUGAACCCACCUCUAGUGUCCUUCUUUUGAACUUGUCUGUUUCUGACGUCAAAAGUAGUGACAAUGAAUCGGCAAUUUGUCUGUAUCAAAUACUAUUAAAAAAUACUUCACAACCAAACUGCUCGUUUCCCGAAAAUUACUUUUGCAACUAAAAUUUUUCAAUUACAUUGU